GGGAAGGAGGAGGAGGGGAGGGAGGAGGAGGAGGAGGAAGACGCGUGUGCCAAGGAAGAGGGGUAGUCGGACGGGCAGAGGGAGCGAAGAAGGAGCGGCCGCAGGACGGAGCGGGGCAGCGAUCCGGCUGGAUGAAAAAAUAGCCAGUGGUCGGCGGUCAGUGCCAGAAGAAGGCCAGACUCCAUGCACCCGACUCCCCGGCUUGGGUGACAAGUUCAGAGGAAGCGAAGGGCUGUGCCCGACCCAGGACCCGGAGGAAGAGAGGGUCCCCAGAAGCCAUCAGUGCCGGGGCUCGGCGUCCCCAUGAGCCACGUCCACUCCGGGGCGUGCCCGGGCGCCGGGGGCCUGAGGGGAGCUGGGGCCGGGCCGGGCCGGGCCGGCCGGACCCACCGGAGCUAGGAUGAGCGGAGUACAGCGCUGGCUGGGACUGGGGGUCAGCUUAUACGUCUGUGGGCUGCUGGAACCGAGCACCGUGGUCCGGCCCGGCCCAGCCGCUGCCUCCCUAGGGACCCCCGAGGACCCCUCUGCCGACGGGCCGCACCCGCGAGCGAAGAGAAGCUGGGUUUGGAACCAGUUCUUUGUUCUGGAGGAAUAUACGGGGACAGAGCCGCUGUACGUCGGCAAGCUGCACUCGGACAUGGACAGGGGCGACGGCUCCAUCAGGUACAUCCUGUCGGGAGAGGGCGCGGGAGCCGUGUUCACCAUCGACGACGCCACCGGGGACAUCCACGCUACCCAGAGGCUGGACCGGGAGGAAAGGCCGCAGUACACCCUGAGGGCCCAGGCGCUGGACAGGCGGACGGGGCGGCCCAUGGAGCCAGAAUCCGAGUUCGUCAUCAAAAUCCAAGACAUCAACGACAAUGAGCCCAGGUUCCCGGACGGGCCUUACGUGGCCACCGUGGCCGAGAUGUCUCCCGUGGGCACCUCUGUUAUCCAGGUGACGGCUACCGACGCCGAUGACCCGAGCUACGGGAGCAGCGCCAGGGUGGUAUACAGUAUCCUUCAGGGCCAGCCCUACUUUUCUGUGGACUCCAAAACAGGCUUGAUUAGGACCGCGCUGAUGAAUAUGGACAGAGAGGCGAAGGAGAGCUACGAAGUGAUCAUCCAGGCCAAGGACAUGGGGGGACAGCUCGGAGGGCUGGCUGGGACUGCCACUGUCAACAUCUCUCUCUCUGAUGUCAAUGACAACCCGCCCCGAUUCCCUCAGAAGCAUUAUCAGAUGAGCGUGUCGGAGUCGGCACCGGUCAGCUCCACGGUCGGACGGGUGUUCGCCAAAGACCCGGACGAAGGAAUCAAUGCCGAAAUGACGUACAGUCUGCUGGAGGGCGACGGCCUGGAUGCCUUCGACAUCAGCACCGAUCCCGACUUUCAAGUCGGCAUCAUAACCGUGAGGAAGCCGCUGAGCUUUGAGACCAAGAGGAGCUACACGCUGAAGGUGGAGGGGGCCAACCGGCACUCCGAACUACGUUUCCUGAGCCUGGGCCCGUUCCAGGACACGGCGACGGUACACAUCAGCGUGGAGGACGUCGACGAGCCUCCCGUCUUCGAGCUGGGCACCUACUUUGUGGAGGUGCCCGAGGACGUUGAGAUUGGCGCCACCGUUCGGACCCUGUCCGCCGCCGACCCGGACGUAACCAACAAUUCCAUCCGAUAUUCGAUCGACAGAAGCAGUGAUCCGGGCCGAUUCUUCUACGUAGACAUCACCACGGGCGCUCUGAUGACUGCCAGGCCCCUCGAUCGGGAAGAGGUUCCAUGGCACAACCUCACCGUUCUGGCGGUGGAGAUGAACAAUCCCGCCCAGAUCGGCAGCGUCUCUGUCACCGUGAAAGUCCUGGACGUGAACGACAAUGCCCCAGAGUUCCCCGGGUUUUACGAGGCUUUCGUCUGUGAAAAUGCCAGAGCAGGGCAGGUGAUUCAAACCCUGAGCGCCGUGGACCAGGAUGACCCUCAGGACGGCCAGCACUUCUUCUACAGCUUGGGCCCCGAGGCAGCCAACAAUGCCAACUUCACUCUGUGGGACAAUCGAGACAACACGGCCCGAGUCCUCACCCGGAGGUCCGGGUUCAGGCAGCUGGAGCAGAAGACCUUUCAGCUCCCGAUCCUGGUGGCGGACGGCGGACGGCCCCCGCUGAGCAGUACGGGCACGCUGACGGUCCACGUGUGCAGCUGCGAUGAGCACGGUGACGUGCUGUCCUGUGACGCCGAGGCCCUGGGGCUGCCCGCCAGCCUGAGCCCGAGUGCUCUCAUCGCCGUCCUAGCCUGCGUCUUCGUGCUCUUAGUGCUGGUGCUCGUGGUCCUGUCCUGGAGGCGGCGGCGGAAGCGGCCCUGCGUGCCGGACGACGAGGAGAACGUCCACGAGAACAUCGUGCGCUACGAUGACGAAGGGGGCGGCGAGGAGGACACGGAGGCCUUCGACAUCGCCGCCAUGUGGAACCCCCGGGAGGCCCGGGCGGCGGGGGGGAUGGCGGGCGGGUGCGGGGACCCGUCGCCCGAGAUCGCCAGCCUGUCUGGGCAGGUGGCCUGGGGCGGGGGCGGCGUGCAGGGCUACGUGCUGGCCAAGCUCCACGAGGCCGACGCCGACCUCUGGGCUCCCCCCUUCGACUCGCUCCAGACCUACGUGUUCGAGGGGGCCGGCUCGGCGGCCCAGUCCCUCAGCUCGCUGCACUCGGCCGCCGGCUCCGACUCGGACCAGAGCUUCGAUUUUCUGACGGGCUGGGGCCCUCCCUUCCAGAAGCUGGCCGCCAUGUACGGGGUCUCCGAGGCCCGGGGGCCCCCGUGGUAGCCAGUGCGGUAUUCUCCUCCUUCUCUGAGGCUGCCAGGAAUUGCGAGGGUCACCGCCGUCCCCUCGGAAGCGGGAGCAAGCUGAGGAUGAAGUGUGUUUGUGGGGGGCGGGGAUCCCACGUGUGGCUGAAGGAAGCAAGCCUGGGGGUGGUCUUCUCGGGGUGGGGGUUUCAGCAGGCCUCAGGCCUCAACCGCGGCUCCUCGGUUGGGGGGCGGGGGGAAGGGAGUGGGGGGGGUGGAGGAGGGGAUCGGGGGGACCCGCUUCCGCUUCUAAUUUGACUCGAUUCCCUUCGAGGGAACGAGCGGGCAGAUUGGACAGCACAGAGGCAACCCGACAGGGCGCUCGGGCCUGGGAAGCCGGGCCACCUCUUCACCCUGGAGGGCCGAGGUUUAGGAGCCUGUCCACCUUGCAUGGGGAGGGGCGGGAGAGGGGGGUUGGGAGAAAGAGGGAGAGGGGCGCCACCCCGACUCUGUCGCGCUCGAGUCUAACGGCGGAACCUCGAGUCACGGACGCUACUACUAAUAUAGCUCGACGACCUUAGCCUGCGUGGAUCCUCCUCUCAGCUCUGCGGCCGGGGCCACUGCUAAAUUUUAAUCGCUCAGAAAGAAACCGGAGAAAUCGGCCUCUCUGGCACUGUAGUGGACUCUUCCGCCUGCCAAACACAGAGAUCAGCUGCUACUCCGCGAAAACAAGGGUCUCUCUCGGCUUCGCCCGGGGGUCGGCGGCUUCCUUACCCCGGCCGGGAGGGCCAAGCCAUGUUUACAUUUGGUGGAUGAUCUGCCCGAACAGACACGGCGUAGAAGAAGAAAAAGGAUGUGAGAAGAUGACAUGUAUAAGUUUUGUAAAUUUGUUAAUAAUUUUGGUAAUAAAUAUGAUAUACUGCA